CUGCCUCGCUGCUGAUUCACAGAUCUCACAGCUCUCACAGCGUAGGGAGGCGUGUGCACACGGCGCUCUGCCUGCCGACGCGUUCGUGCGGAUCCGCACGCAAACGCAGUCGCGCUGUAGUGCAGGCGGUCUGGUCGCUUAACUGGAAGCAGCAGCAGCAGCUAGAGUUGCUGUCAUGUGAAUCAGCUGGACGAACAAGGAAGGGGAUACAUAACAAACACGACUGCGUCUUUUUAAAUCAAGGUUAUAUCUGGCGAGGGAGCAGGAUGGCGGGGGCAGAGGUUUACACCCCUGCCAACCCCACCUGCAAGAUUAUGACCUUCAGGCCCACCAUGGAGGAAUUCAAAGACUUCAACCAGUACCUGGUUUACAUGGAGUCUCAGGGUGCACACCGCGCAGGCCUGGCUAAGGUGAUUCCUCCUAAAGGCUGGAAGCCCCGGCGUACCUACGACGACAUAGACGAUCUAAUGAUAGAUGCUCCCAUCCAGCAGAUGAUGGCUGGCCAAUCAGGGCUCUUCACCCAAUACAACAUCCAGAAGAAGCCGCUCAGUGUGCAGGAGUUCAGGCGAUUAGCCAACAGUGACAUGUACUGCACACCUCGCUACCUGAAUUAUGAAGACCUCGAAAGAAAAUACUGGAAGAACCUCACUUUCGUGUCGCCUAUAUAUGGUGCUGAUGUCAGUGGCAGCCUCUACGAUGAGGACGUGGAGGAGUGGAACAUUGGCCACCUGAACUCUAUCUUGGAUGUCAUUGAGGAGGACUGUGGCGUAUCCAUCCAGGGGGUUAACACCCCGUAUCUGUACUUUGGCAUGUGGAAGACAACCUUCUCCUGGCACACGGAGGAUAUGGACCUGUACAGCAUCAACUACCUGCACUUUGGAGAGCCCAAGUCCUGGUAUGCCAUUCCCCCUGAACAUGGAAAGAGACUGGAGCGCCUGGCCACAGGUUUCUUUCCCAACAGCUUCAAGGGGUGUGAGGCUUUUCUUCGUCACAAGAUGACUCUAAUCUCCCCUUCCAUACUUAAGAAGUAUGGCAUUCCCUUUGAUAAGAUUACUCAAGAACCUGGAGAGUUCAUGAUCACCUUCCCUUACGGGUACCACGCUGGCUUCAAUCAUGGCUUCAACUGUGCGGAGUCCACCAACUUCGCCACAGUGCGCUGGAUAGACUACGGCAAAGUAGCCACACAGUGCACAUGUAGCAAGGACAUGGUGAAGAUAUCCAUGGAACCCUUCGUGAAGCGCUUUCAUCCCGACCGCUAUGCUAACUGGAUGGCGGGCAAAGACUCUGCCCCCCCCGACCACAUACUCGCUACUCCCAGCACAACACCGGAGCUGCAGAGCUGGUUGCAGAGUCGGCGCAAAACCAAACCUGCCAACAAAAGCUGCACACACUCUCGAUUGCGCUCCAAACGCCUCAGAACCAGCGCGCAGCCCAUCGGCCUGGAUGGCAGCUCGGGGUUGACCGGCACCAAGAGGAAAGCCCUCAGUGGUCCGCCCGGGACCAAGGUGCGAAGGACUGUGGCGGGGACAAGCUGCAGGGAGGAGGAGGAGGAGGAGAAAGAGAAGAAAAGGGAAGCGCAAUCGACUCACACCCCAAAUCUCACCUCCGCCCACCUCUCUGGUCCUUGCAGACAGAUGUGUGUGGUCAAGGUAAAUCGCGUAGAGAGUAAUAGUUUGGGAUUUUUGAAUACGGAGCCAUCCCAUAACUCUCGCUGCCUCUCCGGUCCCUCCCCUGCUUCAGCAGUGACAAAGGACCUAAAGGCGGAGAUGGGCACACACGACGACCCUCAACGCCUCUCAGGGUCAGGGGUCGCGACUCCUGAAGGUCUCAGGCGAUGGGCCGAAGCACCCGGAUAUAGCGAGCCCCGGUGCUGCUCGCCUGAAACGCAAGACCUCUCCACUUCUCAGGACUGCGCUGUCGGGGUCUCUCCCCUGGAGGCCUACAAACUCCACUCCUCUUCCCACACAACGGGCUCCUCCGCCGAGGCAGAGGUGAGCUCGCGUCCCGCUGAGCCAUCUAUCUCGCCGCGUGGAGAAGACUCUUUAAGCCUAUCACCAAACACCGACUGUAGCACAAAGACGGGUGCUGACAGUGACACUAACGGCAGUGCUAAAGCGCAGACAACAGACCCCGUCGUUCACACGCUACAUCUAAAUCCACACUCUGCUACAGAAGCACUUUACAUUCUCAAAACUGAGCCCGUGGAGAGGGGUAGUUACACGUCGUGUGGCUCCCUCUCCCCCUCCGGGCACAGUUGCAGUUUGAAAAAACCCAGCAAUGAGGAGAAUCUUUCCCCUCCUCUGCUGCAAAGGAAUGCAGUGGAUAUGCCACGACUCACUCUGGAACCAGCAGAUAAGGUCAGAAUCUCCCCGCUGCCCCCCGUGCUGAUCCAGGAGAUGCCGUCACUCACCCCGGCCGACGACGCGCUCCUCGUCGCCCCGAAGCCGAGGCCGCGUGGCCACCAGGUGGCACCGGUGCUUCAGCGGGAAACGUCGCCAAGCUCUCCCUCCGGGGAAGCCGGCGCCGUGGUGUCCAACGAGCACGCCGACCGGUGGCGUUUAGGUUCUCCACAUGGCUGCGAUGGGGCGGCAGUGACGAGGGAAGGGAAGACGGUCCAUUCAACAAUCAAUGCUCCGCCCAAAACUGCCUCUGCCGAUGCCCAUGCAUCUGCUGCAGAAAAAGGCCGUCCAAAGCUGGGAAAUGUGUCCACUGGACGGGCCGAUGCUUCGUCCCGCCGGCCCGCUGCAUUCGGUCUGAGCAGCUGUGGCUUCCUUUUAAAUGGCACCUCAAACAAUAACCCCCCUGCCCCCUCCUCUCCAUUAUGCACUCAGAGUGACGGUCACCUGGCAUUACAACUCCAAAACCACACCACGUACUCCCCUUUGCAUUGUACCUUGGAGAACCCAUACACGGAGCCCAAACCCUUCUCCAGCAGCAUCUGGAAGAACUUCAAUUCCCAGGGUCCCGCAGUGCUCAUCCAGAGUCUGCACCCAGAGCUCCCCUCCGACUUCAGCCACGACCCCCUGCCUUACACCAUGUGGACCGAACCGCAGUGCAAGGAGGUCACGGACCUGGAGGACGCCGAGCAUGACUUCCGCGAGUCGGGGAACCGGGAAGACGGAGGUGUGCCUCUCACCUGGGCCGAGCUCGAGCCCACCUCGCUGGUUUCCGUCGGUGCCGUUGAGCCCCUGGGGCUUUGUGCGGAUUUUGACUUCCACCGAGGGGAAGCAGAAGGGUCCGAGGCCCUUUCCUUGUGCAGGGAGCUCGGCAGGCAAAGGGAGGCGGAGCAGAGCCUGCACUCUGGCUCUGCCGCCUCUCCCCUCGGGAUGGGAAGAAGAGAAGGGGAAGGAGUGUCUGAUAUGGAAGAUGGGGGGUCGGACGUUGACGAGGCGGAGCAGCAAGGUGGUGUCAAGGGAGACAGCAGUAGUGACUCAUCCAACAACGAGGAGGAGGAGGAAGAGGAGGAGGAAACCGGCACGAGUAACUGCGAGUGUGAAGAAUCGGGUCUGGAACCUGGGGAGGUUUGUGCCUACGCUGCGCUGUCAGUGAAGAGGACCACUAAGAGCUGGCGCCACCCACUCAGGAAGCCCCCCGCGAGGGCUGUGCCCACUGCCGUCAAGCAGCAGGCUGCCAGUGACGACGAGCCCCCUGACGCAAGCCUGGCAGAGGACGAGGAUGACGAGGAGGGGGACGACGACGACGAGGAGGACGAGGAGGACGAGCAGGAAAUGGAGGCAUGGGCGAAACCCCUCAUCUACCUGUGGCAGAACAGGAAGAGCUGCUUCACCGCGGAGAGGGAGUUCAAUGCCCAUGCAGCCACCAUGCGGCCGCACUGUGCCGUGUGCACGCUGUUCAGCCCCUAUCACCAGGCAGAAGAAGGAGCAGAGCACAAAGCACCUAUCGUAGCUAAGGACCCCUCCCACUCCUCCUCCCCAUCGGAGGGCCCCGCCGGUCCCUGCAGAGGCCUGAGGCGGACCCGGCCCCUGGUCCCGGAGAUCUGCUUUUCUUUCCGGGAGCAGAACUUUCCCCCAACACCCACCAACCCGCUGCUGCAGGAAGACUGCACCUCCCCGCUGCUCUACUGCCAGGGCUGUUGCCUGCAAGUCCAUGCAAGUUGCUACGGCGUUGCUGCGGACGACCUCAGCGAACAGUGGUCAUGUGACCGCUGUACGGAAGGAAGCUUUACAGCAGAAUGCUGUCUGUGUAACCUCAGAGGUGGCGCUCUGAAGAAAACCCAAAGCGACAAAUGGGCCCACGUCAUGUGUGCCGUAGCAUUGCCUGAGGCAAGGUUCAGUGACGAAACCAAGAGGAGCCCCAUUGACACCAGUAGGAUCCCCAUGCAGCGGUAUAAACUGAAGUGCAUCUAUUGUCGUAAGCGCGGCUCGGGGAAGCGGCGGGCAGGUGCUUGUGUCCAGUGCUCAUGUGGCCGGUGUCCCACCUCCUUUCAUGUGACCUGUGCCCAUGCUGCCGGUGUAAUCAUGGAGCCGGAUGAUUGGCCGUAUGUGGUGUCAAUCACCUGCCAUAGACAUCAAUCGCGGAGCUCAGCGGCUAAGCAGCGAGCGUGCCGAGCGCCGGUCUCACUGGGCCAGACGGUCGUCUCCAAGCACAAGAACCUGCGCUACUACAGCUCCAAGGUCACAGAGGUCACCUCCCAGACGUUCUACGAGGUCAUGUUCGAUGACGGCUCCUUCUCCAACGAUACCUACCCCGAGGAUAUAGUGAGCAGAGAUUGUAUGAACUUGGGUCCUCCAGAGGUGGGGGAAGCUGUUCAGGUGAAGUGGCCCGACGGGCUGUUCUACGGCGCCAAAUACCUGGGAUCCAACGUAUCUCACAUGUAUCAGGUGGAGUUUGAGGACGGGUCUCAGGUGCUGGCAAAAAGAGAAGAUGUCUACACUGCAGAGGAGGACCUGCCUAAAAAGGUGAAACGUAGACUUUCCACCGCCUCAAGCAUGCGUUUCCAGGACGCCUUCUUCACCACGCAGGGCGAGAGGAAGCGGCAGAGGACCCCCAACUCUCGCUUCCAGAAGGACUACGUGGCCCUGCCGGGCCUCCGUACAACUGCCAAAAGCACAUGGGAGCAGCGCAGCCACAAAGGGACUUGAAGUCAUGACUGACCAGUAGAUGAUUGGGGGAGGGGGGGGACGCCUGUGUUGACGUGUUUUUUCCGAUCUACUCCCGUCCCCCACGCGGCUCCCCUGGUGGUGGAGGGGGGGGGCGAGUGGAGUCGGAGGGAUGUUUAACUAGCGAGAGUUUGUACAUUAACAGCGAUUGUGAUUGGCCGGCGAGGGGGAGGGGGAGGGGGGCCCUGGGUCUGCCCGCCUCGUGCUAUCACGUCCGUCAGGGAAAAUAAACGUGACUUACAUUUGUCACAUUGCCCUUUUAAAAAAAAGAAAUGACAAACUUUUUUUCUUUGUACAUGAAAAUAUUGAACGGAGAGAUUUUUCUAAAUGGGUCGCCCACGGUAGCCUUUUGGGGGGCGGUGUUAUUUUCAGAACUGAGUUAGAAUGUUUAUGCACUUUGCUUUAGUCUAUUCCCUCACUGUUUGUCACUGCAUGUUCCACAUUACGUCCUGACUGCUCCUGCUGGAGUCCAACGACACUACGACGGCUUCCUCGCUGCACAAGUCUUCACCCACAUGGACAAAAUACAGUCAUUAUGUAACUUGUUAUUGAAAAAUGAAUUAUUCGCUGAAUUUAGGAGAAACCAAAUAUUAUCCAUAUGUCAAUGGUGAAAUAUUCAGGCAGGAAGCCACAACUUUGUGUUGGACUCUGUGCAAUGUGAAAUGCUACUGUCGCUCCAAUGAAUGAAACACAUUGUUGAAAUUAUUUAAAAUUUGUAUUUAUUUUUGGCUUGCCAUAGUUAAACUAUUGCUAACUGCUGUAAUGAAAACAAUAAAUGGGUUUUUUUCA